CUCACGCAUCAUGCUUCCAACAAGAUGCUUCAUAAGGCAGUCCUACGUGGUUACAUAACUCCAUCGCCUCCCUCCACCUACCUUCUCCCCUGCGUAAUUUCUGCUUCUCAAAGAACUCUGCGAGUCGAACUGUGGAAACGGUUAGGUUGAUUGAGAAUCUGAGGCUGCCGUGAGAGUUUUCUACGACAAGGAUGGCUCCUGAUUCUAAGAAUAGGAUUGCGAGUGCCUUUCAUGCCAUGAAAGCUCUUGGGAUUUCUGAUGAAAGGGUGAAACCUGCAUUAAAACGUCUUCUUAAGUUAAACAAGAAAAACUGGGAUCUCAUUGAAGAAGAGAAUUAUACCCCCCUUGUAGCUGCAAUUCUUGACAAUGAGGAAGCUAAGCAGGAGGGCAAUUUGGUGGAACAAGAAGUUUUGCAUGAAAGACCCUUAAAAAGAUUGCAUUUGAGACAGCAAGAAGGCGAACCAUCACCAUCCAGCCUGAACGGAACUUCACAGACGAGGCACAAUGCUGGAGGGACUGAACUUCUUGGACCCCCUCAGUCCACUUCCGAAUCACACCCUGCAUCAGGUGAAUAUAUCACUAGACCAGAAUCAAAUGAAGGAGUUUCAGGUCCAUCAGGCGAAGCAAGAUCCGAAGGCAACCUGGAAAACACCACAGACAAACCAUCCAGCCUUGAGAUAGCUUCACUGACCACUGCAGUGCUGAAAGUUAUUCUGAACUGUGGCACGGCAUUCGCAAUACCUAACUUCCAGAUGCCUAGCCUAGAUGCAUUGAUGAAGUUGAUGGACGAUAGAUGUCGUAAAGAGUACAAAGAUCUGGACCCAAGUUUCUCUGUGAUGAAAGUGAUGCAAGAUGUUUGUCAGUGCUUCUUGGAGAUGGGUGCUGCAUCUACAAACUGCUCUUUCAUCAACACAGCUACAGAUGGAUGAGAAGGUCAGCUGGGAAAAUGGUUCAUGCCAGUUGUGGAGCAUGUGAAAUAAAGAGCUUAUUAGUCUCUGGUCUCUACUUACUUCUCGGUUGUAUCGAGCUUUAAUGUGCUUGGUUUUAAAUAUGCCUGAAAUAUUCCUAAGACAGAUGGGGGAAGUGUUCAAUUUUAUUGAACAAUAUUUUUACAUAUCCCUCAUUUGUUAAUUGGG